AUGAAACUCCUUCUGCUGGUCGCUCUGCUCACAGCAGGUGCUACUGCACACAGCAUCAGCCAUUGGGCUUCUAGACAGUUCCAAAAUAUGAUCCAGUGCCUCCCCCCCAUCACCGGGAUUGAUCCCUUGUUCAACUACAACAACUAUGGCCGCUUCUGUGGCUCUGGGGGCUCAGGCCCUCCAGUGGACGAAUUAGACAGGUGCUGUCAGACUCGUGACAACUGCCACACUCAGGUCAAGAAGCUGGAAAGCUGCAAGUUCCUCAAAAACGACCCCUACACCAGCUCCUACUCAUACUCAUGCUCUGGGAAUGAGGUCACCUGCAGUGACAAAAACAACCCCUGUGAGGCCUUCAUCUGCAACUGUGACCGUGAGGCUGCCAUCUGCUUCUCCAAGGCUCCAUACAACAAGUAG